UCUCUCUGUGAUUCAGGAGCAGUUCUGACUUGCAGGAGAUCUGAGGUGAACUGCAACAAGAAGAAGUGGAAGUUGUUUUAUUUUCUGAUCUGUAAAAGACUGGAGAGGGGAGAACUGGAGACCAGGCUGCUCCAGUUGAAAGAGGGUGAAAGUGUGUGUGAGUGUGUGAUAUUGGAAAGGCCAUGUCUGCGGUGGUGAGGAGAGCACUGGGGAGGAGGUGUCACUAUUACGGGCUGCUGGCUCGCACCAGGCACUGGAGGCAGGGCCGCUCACGCAGCAGGAGUAGAGCAGCCAACAAGGAGUCGCCUUCUGAGCGGGUGGGCCGUCGACGCAGCAUGCCUGGCACCACUACCAUGGACAAAGCUUCGUCCACCAUCGAGGAGGCCUCCUCUGCGGCCCUGAGAGUCACGGGCUUCCUGAGCCGAAGGUUGAAAGGCUCCAUCAAACGCACCAAGAGCCAGCCCAAGCUUGACCGCAACAGCAGCUUCAGGAACAUCCUCCCGGCCUUCAAGAACACCGACAAUGACAGAUCCCAUCUGAUGCCGAGGCUGAAAGAGUCGAGGUCUCACGAGUCGUUGCUCAGUCCCAGCAGUGCAGUGGAAGCUCUGGAUCUCAGUAUGGAGGAGGAAGUACUCAUCAAGCCCGUACACAGCAGCAUCCUGGGACAGGACUUCUGUUUCGAGGUAACUACAUCAACAGGAAGUAAAUGCUUCUCUUGUCGGUCAGCAGCAGAAAGAGAGAAAUGGAUGGAGAACCUCAGGCGAGCCGUGCAUCCCAACAAGGACAACAGUCGGCGGGUAGAGAAUAUGCUAAAAUGUUGGAUUAUUGAAGCCAAGGAUUUGCCAGCCAAGAAAAAGUACUUCUGUGAACUGUGUCUCGAUGACACACUUUAUGCUCGGACUACCUGCAAGCUCAAAACGGACAAUGUUUUCUGGGGUGAACAUUUCGAGUUCAACAAUCUGCCACCGGUCAAGAGCAUCACAGUGCACCUUUACAAAGAGACGGACAAGAAGAAGAAGAAGGACAAGAACAACUACGUGGGCCUGGUGAACAUUCCAGUGGCUGCAGUGACGGGACGGCAGUUUGUGGAGAAGUGGUACACAGUCAGCACUCCCAACCCCAGCAAGGGCAAAGCCCCGGGGCCCAUGGUGCGCAUGAAAUGCCGCUACCAGAGUAUGAGCAUCCUCCCUAUGGAGCUGUACAAAGAGUUUGCUGAGUACAUCACCAACAACUACAUGCUCCUUUGCUCAGUGCUCGAGCCAGCAAUCAGUGUGAAGAGCAAGGAGGAGAUGGCCUGUGCACUCGUGCAUAUUCUCCAGAGCACUGGCAAGGCUAAGGACUUCCUGACCGAUCUGAUGAUGUCUGAGGUAGAUCGCUGUGGAGACAACGAGCACCUGAUCUUUCGGGAGAACACUCUGGCCACCAAAGCCAUUGAAGAAUAUCUCAAACUGGUGGGCCAGAAGUACCUGCAGGACGCUUUAGGUGAGUUCAUCAAAGCGCUUUACGAAUCAGAUGAAAACUGCGAAGUCGAUCCAUCGAAGUGUUCCUCCAGUGACCUAGCCGAGCACCAGGGCAAUCUGAAGAUGUGCUGUGAGCUCGCUUUCUGCAAGAUCAUCAACUCCUACUGUGUGUUUCCACGUGAGCUGAAGGAGGUGUUUGCGUCCUGGAGGCAGGAGUGCAGUAACCGCGGCCGGCCGGACAUCAGCGAGCGGCUGAUCAGUGCCUCGCUCUUCCUGCGCUUCCUGUGUCCCGCUAUCAUGUCCCCGUCCCUCUUCGACCUCAUGCAGGAAUAUCCUGACGACCGCACAGCGCGUACGCUCACCCUCAUCGCCAAGGUCACGCAGAACCUCGCUAACUUCACCAAGUUUGGCAGUAAGGAGGAGUACAUGUCCUUCAUGAACCAGUUCCUGGAGCAUGAGUGGACCAACAUGCAGCGCUUCCUGCUGGAGAUCUCCAACCCAGAGACCAUCUCCAACACAGCAGGCUUUGAGGGCUACAUAGACCUGGGCAGAGAGCUCUCCACUCUUCACUCGUUACUGUCUGAGGCUGUUGCUCAGCUCGACCAGAGCACAGCGACUAAACUGGGGCCUCUGGUACGGAUCCUGAGGGACGUAAAUGUGGCCCUGACUAAUCCCACCGGAGUGCCAGUGUCCUCUCCUACAGAGCGCGUGGGUUCUCCCAGCAUGCCCGGCUGUAGCGUUUCAACCGGUCUGCACAAGUUAGUCAUGGACUCGGAGCUCAGCGGGUUGGUGGAUUUCACCCGACUGCCCUCUCCGACCCCGGAGAACAAGGAUCUGUUCUUUGUGACUAGGGCCUCAGGAGUCCAGGCAUCUCCAGCUCGCAGCUCCAGCUACUCAGAGGCCAAUGAGCCAGACAUGCAGAUCUCCAAUGGCAGCAAGAGUCUGUCCAUGGUGGACCUACAGGACAGCAGAAGUGUUGAGAGCAGCGUUAAUACAGUGUCCAGUGACCCUACCAAUGAUACCCAGGGCACCAGUGCAUGGGCUGCCCGUACUCUGAAAGGUGGCACAGCUGGAGGCCCUACCCUGAGGAAGAGUGGGCAAACACCCACUACACCAGGCAUAGAGACUGCACCAGGCCGGCCACAGCUGUUAGCACCUCUCUGCUUCCAGAACCCUGUGUACCAGAUGGCAGCUGCUAUGCCAGUGUCUCCACGUGGCACAGCUGAUUCAGGUUCAGAAUGCCAAAGCUCCACCGGCUCCCAGGGCAAUCCUGAGGAUGUGGCCACACUAGGGAUUAAGCCCACAUUCAUCACGCAAGCCAGCAUGGGUACAGGGUCUGGAAGUGGAGGAGCAGGAGCAAGUACCAGUGAUGACUUUGCGAGGCGUUCUGGUGAGUUUACACGAAGACAGAUGUCCCUUACAGAAACUCAGCACCAAUCCAACGUCCCAAGACAGAACAGCUCUGGUCCACAGAGGCGGAUUGAUCAGCCUCCUCCGCCCACAGUCACUCGAGGACGCACUCCUCCCAGCAUGCUCAAUACUGCACCCUAUCCACGGCCCUCUAGUGGCAGCAUGAUGUCAUCGUCAUCUCCUGAUUGGCCCAGCAAUGGAGCCAGACUGAGGCAGCAGUCCUCAUCGUCUAAAGGAGACAGUCCUGAGACCAAACAACGGACAAUGCACAAACAGGCCCCAUCUCCAGUGAAUCCCAGUGCUCUGGACCGCACUGCUGCAUGGUUGCUAAAUAUGAACGCGCAGUAUCUAGAGCAGGAGGGAAUUGACCCAGAUUCCAAACACAGGGAAGACCUCCUCAACAAGGAUGAGCUCAGCCAGGCUGAAAAGUAUCAGCAGGAGAUCAGCAUGCUGCAGGAGCGUCUCCGGCUGGCCUUGAAGAAGCUUGAGGAGUACGAGUCACGUCUGCAGGCCCAGGAUGAUCAAACGCAGAAGAUGCUGCUGGAGUACCAGGCUCGACUGGAGGAUGCUGAGGAGCGACUGCGCAGGCAGCAAGAAGACAAAGAACUGCAGAUGAAAAGCAUCAUAACCAGGUUAAUGUCUGUCGAGGAGGAGCUGAAAAAAGACCAUGCAGAUAUGCAGGCCAUUGUUGACUCCAAACAGAAGAUCAUUGAAGCACAGGAGAAGCGGAUAGCAUCUCUGGAUGCGGCUAACGCUCGGUUGAUGAGCGCCCUGUCUCAGCUGAAGGAACGCUACAGCAUGCAGACGCGCAACGGCAUCUCACCCACUAACCCCAGCAAACUGCAGAUCACUGAGAACGGCGAGUUCCGCAACAGCAGCAACUGCUAACAAGGGAACCAAACCCUGUCGGGUACAAGGGCUACGGGUAAAAAUAAAGAAAUCUAUAAAUAAAUAAUUAAAAUGAACACACGGUGGAAUACAAUCUGGACUCUCUGGAAUGAAAAGAGACUGGCAGAACUUGUGGGACUUUUUUUGGCUUUAGAAUGACUUUCAGAGUUGGAUGGACAAGUUUUAAUCAGUCUUACAUUUGUUCGUAGUACAAAAUAACCAGAAAACCAGAUGUGUGAAACCUAGUGGUAAGAUCAGCUUUUAUUAGUAGACAUAAUGUCUGUUGUAUGCUUCGUGUUUUUGUAUGAACAAGCCAAGCAAAGACGACAAACUGGGUGACUGAAGCCUGAACUUGGUUAUGAAAGUUUGCUAGUUAGCAGGACGCUAAUAAUACAAAUCUAUUAUUAUUAUUAUUAUUAUUAUUAUUAUUAUUAUUAUUAAUAAUUAUUAUUAUUAUUAUUAUGUCGAAGCACUUUAUUCAAGUGUUUUUGAUUUUAUUUGAUUUCUGAUCGGCCAAAUGGUUCCUUUUUUUGAUGUAUUUGUACAUGUUCAUUCGUUUUCUUUUCUUACAUAUGACAUUGGUUUUUUUUUUUGUUUUUUUGCAUGUCUCAAAGCUACCAGAGCUAACAGUAGCACAAAAACAUAUUUUAUUUUGGUUUUGUUUUGCUUUUGAUUUCAUUUUUUUCCCCUAUUUUUGUACAUAGACUAAUUCGAGUUGAUUUGUAUUGUUGAUGUACAUAAAACAUACACUAUGAUUUGAUUUGAUUUUUUAUUUUAUUUUUUAGCAGAGCAGAGGGGAUAUUUUGUACAGUGUAUAAUUCCUGUUCCUGUUCCUGUGUUCGGUUCCUCAGUUCUGCGUUUAUCGUGUCAGGCUUCUGGCUGUAAAUUCAGGUGCCGCUUUUAGAAACAGCAGUGCUCUGAGAGAACUUUGCGUGAGCGCGUGCGUUCCCUCACUCAUUAUGCUAACCUCGAGCUGUGGCUGUGCUGUGGCGUGGGUAGAGAAAAACAAACAAACAAACAAACAAAAACGCUUAGCAAUGUCGUUCUUGUGUAGGGAGAAUCCAGAAAUCAUUUCCCCUGGAUUUAAUGCUUCAGUUUCGAUCCAUUAUGCACUUUCUAGCAGUAGGAAUUAUGCGCGUUGACCAAAAAACACCCGACAUCUUGCAAUAGAGACUAUCCAUGAACACGCAAAUAGAACGUGUAGCAUUGAAGACGAGUGAGGAAAUAAAGAUGGCGGCAUAUAUAUAUAUAUAUAUAUAUAUAUAUAUAUAUAUAUAUAUAUAUAUAUAUAUAUAUAUAUAUAUAUAUAUAUUCUUCCAGACGUGUAAUAGUUCAUUCUGGUCGUGUUAUUAAAAUGCAGCAUGGCAUGAAUCGCUGUGUCUCUUCUUCAGAGUCGCACCAAGAGUUUUUAGCCAAGGUUGAACUGGAAUUUCUGACGCCUUUUUAAACGGUAUUUAUAUGAGAGAAUGAACAAAAUCAUAGGGGAAAAAACAACAACAACAACAAAAUCACAAAUUGUGGUUUCUUCAACUUUCUGGAUUCUCUAGAAUUCAUUUCCCAAGCUGUAAUUAUGAAUUUGUGUUUUUAUUUUUUUGUAUUUAUGAUUUUUUAAUUUAUCUCCAGGGUCAUUUUAUUUUAUUUAUUUCAAUGUGCAAUUUGUUCGAUUGACCCCGAAGGUUCUAGAGCGUUCGUGUUUAUUAAAGGUGUGAAUGAUGUGAUGGUUUGUCAGGUAGCUGAGAUUCACGAACACUGGAUUCUCAGUAUUGCAGGACUUUCACUGUUCUUCAAAGUGGUCUUAAAAGUGCCCCUUCCGUUCCAUUAAACAUCCUUCCAUCCCUUAACUACUAAGCUCAAAUAUUUUGUUUACAGAGAUAAGAAAUUGUGUUAUAUAUAUACAUACAAAAUAUUAUAAUAAUAAUAAUUAUAUAGUAUAUAAAAAAGAUAUUGCACAUAAGCUUCCUCUAUCCUGUUUCCCAGGUGAAGGCAAUAGUACCACACACACACACACACACACACACAGGCCAUAAUGUAUUCUAGUGAUCCUGUUCUGCCACCUUGUGCACGGUGUCUUCUUUUACAAGGUGAAGCAGGCCAACAGCUUUCUUCGUCUGUUUUCCCCCCUUUCUGGCAUGCAAAAAAAGCUCAACUUUCUUUCUUUUCUUUUUUCUAACAUCUCACAAAGCCUUUUAUAUGUAUGUUUAAGAGUAAAAAAUUUGCUCCAUGUAAAUACAUCAAGAGAAAAAAAGCAAAAUAAACAUACUAGUAUAUGGAGAGUCGUUUGUGUUAAAGAGAAUGUUCAGUGCAAUUAAUGUACAAUUGCUACUAGAAUUAUUAAAGUUUAUUUAGCUAUUUCAA